AUGCCUACUCUCGGGUCAUUCUUGAAGAAGAAGAGGACGAAGGACUCCACGGGCUCGCGUGACCUGGACUCCCCGACCUCGCCCAUCAAAGACACCGCGUCGCCCAUCACUCCGACUCUCUCCAAGACCUCCGGGUCUUUCUCUGCUGGCAAGUUGACCACCCAGGACUCGGCCGCUGCCUCGCAUUCCACCACGGCCUCGACGGCCCCGUCCAAGUCCGCCGACCCCAUGAACCCCUCUACCUAUUCCCAGCCCUAUGCGACGCCGCAAGCCACCCCCGAACCUUAUCAGCAGUCGCAGCACAACCUGCCGAGCAUACAGAACCUCAUCCACCCUUCCAACACCACAUCCUCGCCCCACUCGAACAGCGGCACCCAGCAAAGGUCGCAGCGGAACGAUGCUUCAAACGGCGGCGCCAUAACACCCGUGCCUGCCCAGCAUGUCCCGCAGGUGGUGCGGACGACAAAGGGCAAAUACACCCUCACGGACUUCACGAUCCAAAGAACACUCGGCACGGGCAGCUUUGGCAGAGUCCACCUCGUGCAGUCGAAGCACAACCAGCGCUUCUACGCUGUCAAAGUCCUGAAGAAGGCGCAGGUCGUCAAAAUGAAGCAGGUUGAGCACACAAACGACGAACGCCGAAUGCUGCAGCAAGUGAAACACCCAUUUCUGAUCACGCUAUGGGGUACUUUCCAAGACUCAAAGAAUCUAUACAUGGUCAUGGACUUUGUCGAGGGCGGCGAGCUGUUCAGCCUCCUUCGCAAGUCUCAACGUUUCCCUAACCCAGUUGCUAAAUUCUACGCCGCCGAAGUUACCCUAGCGCUAGAUUACCUCCAUGGGAUGAACAUCAUAUACCGCGACCUGAAACCUGAGAAUUUGUUGUUGGACCGCCAUGGCCAUCUCAAGAUUACCGAUUUUGGAUUCGCCAAAGAAGUGCCAGACAUCACCUGGACAUUGUGCGGCACGCCUGAUUAUCUCGCGCCAGAGGUUGUCGCCUCAAAAGGCUACAACAAGUCUGUUGACUGGUGGUCGCUUGGCAUCCUCAUCUUUGAAAUGCUUUCCGGUUUCACACCCUUCUGGGACGCUGGAUCGCCCAUGAAGAUUUACGAAAACAUCCUCAAGGGCAAAGUGAAAUACCCUCCAUACAUUCACCCCGAUGCGCAAGAUCUGUUGCAACAGCUCAUCACUCCCGACCUCACUAAGCGAUUAGGUAACUUGCAUGGGGGGAGCAGAGAAGUCAUGCAACACCCUUGGUUCGCUGAGGUAACGUGGGAGCGGCUGUCGAAGAAGGAUAUUGAUGCGCCAUACGUGCCUCCAGUACGAGCUGGUGUGGGUGAUUCAAGCCAGUUUGACAAAUAUCCAGAAGAGACGGAGGCAUAUGGGCAAGCUGGCGAUGACCCGCACAAACAUCUCUUUAUGGACUUCUAG